AUGAUUCCAACUGUUAGAGUUGAUGUUAAAUAUCAACCAUUAGAUGCCAAAGCGAUUUCGUAUGAAAAGAUUUCCGACGAUGAACAACAGCGAAGUCAAAGAACUACACCUAUUCAAUUAAAAAAAGCCAUUGAAUCGACUUCAUAUGAUCUUGAAUACAAUCCAUUAACAGCAAUUAAUCAUCAUCAUCAACCAAUAGAUGAAAGAGAAGCUCAUAUACAUGAUAUGAUAUCUACAAUAAAGAAAAAAAAAUCUCCUCAUCAACAAGAAAUUCAAGAAUAUGAUAAUCUUGAAAAUAUAACGAAAUCACAACGAAAACCUAAAUCUGAAACACAACGAAAAACGACGGAUAAUUAUGGAUCUGAACAUGAAUUGAGUCCAACAUCUCUUUCUAAUGGUACACAUGGUGCACAUUAUUCUACUAGAUCAAUGCGAACACGUACAAGUGAUUACGAUAGUGGACUUGGUACAAAUAAUACAACUAAAUUAAGUCGUGAUAGUAAAUUAAAUACAACUAUGAUGGAUGAAAGUCAUUAUCAAUCAAUUGAUGAAGAUAGACGACGAUAUACGGAUGAAGAACGAGAAACAAUGUCAAGUGUAUCAUCAUCACGUUCAAGUGGUUCCGGUGCAGUAAGCCCUGGAAUUCCUUAUAAUAAAUAUACAGAAAGAUUCGACACUUUGUCAUCAUUGAAACCACUUAACGAAAGCUAUCGUCGAAAACCUACCGGACAAUCAGAAUUUUAUCCAUCAGAUAACGAAGCAUACAUGAGUGAUUCAUUUGAUCGAAUUCCACAAUUAUCAUCACAUAAAAGAAAACCUCGUGAUGGUCAUCCGAGUUUAAAAUCACCACAGGUUAAUUCUCAUCAAUCACGUUCAACAACUUUUGAUCGAAGUAUGUCAACAGAAAGUAUUGGCGCACAUAAUUAUACAAGCAGUUUACAUCGACCACAAACAGCACCACAAGAUACAUCAAAAAUAGAUCAUCAUCAUCAUCAACAACAACAUAAAACGGGUAGAAAAUAUCAAACUGGUUUUGUUCAUCGACAAAUAACAGCAUCAUCAUCAGCAAAUCCGGAAAAAAUGUAUAGAAGUGCAUGUUAUAUCGAUGAACCACAUACACAUCGACGAUCACAAGACAAACUUGAUCAAAAUCAACGACAGUAUAAUACACAAACCAAUAAUCUUUAUUUAGAUCCUCAUACAGGCACUGUUUAUCGAUAUGUACCUAAUAAAAAUCAAACUUCAACAGUAACAUAUUAUCAACCAGCUUCUCAACCGAAUUCAUCUACCAAACUAUAUAAAUGUGCUGAUUGUGGUAGUAUGACGACAUAUCAACAUCGUCAUCAUAUACAUUCAACUGCAAGACGAAUUUCAACUGAUAUAGACGAUCCUGGUUAUGAAAGUGGAAACAGAAAAAUCAUUCGACAUCGUCAUUAUAUUGACGUAACAUCUUCUGAUAGUGAUUCAGAAGAAAAUCCAACUGAAUAUGAUCUGAAUGUAUUAAACGAAGCUUGUGAACGAGCAAAAAAAGUACAGCAUCGUUCACAAACUUUAUCUAGACAUAUUAAUCGUCAAUUAAACCUUAUUUUAGCUACUAUUUAA